AUGCCUAACCAACAGCCCCUCAGCCCACUCAUCCCCAGAAGCAUUCCCCAAACUACCAGACCCAACAUCGUACCCCACCACUAUCAUCAUCACUCUUCCUCCCGCCAGACAGGAGGCAACAAUUCAUCUCCUCGCGCCAUGCAAAACCGCUUACCUCCACUCAUGCUCCCCGGCGCGUCCCCUCGCCUCUCAACCCUCGAACCCUUUACCACCACAACCAGCCCUUCUCCCUCCUUUCCAUCUCCCUCUACCUCUACUACCUCCGACCCUCUGGUGGACAUUGUCAGGUCCACACCCAAUCAACACCCCCUCACCGAAGAACAAACCUUGAAGCUCUGGCACAAAAUUCUAGUCAAGAUCUACCCACAAAACGGAGAGUUCACUCACGACCUCCGCACCGCUGAGAUCAAUGGUGCACGUAUUGUUUACUGCCUUGUCAAACAGAACACCUGGCCUAGUCCUGGGACCGAACCAGUUUCUUCUCCAAUGGCUAUCAUCUUAUGCAAGGAGGCCGAGGAGUAUCAUCGCGAGGAUACAUGGGAUCGUACUUCAAAUCAAUUGGGGCAGCUGAGCAAGUGCCCAGGACAGCCUUGGUGCGCUGUGGCGUAUGGACGCCAGCUGGUGUGCAUGUAUAGGUGUACCCAGAGGCUUGAGGGGUUUGAGAUGUUCAGGAUGGGGAGUUGGAUGUUUGAUGUGGGGGCUUGGAAUGGGAGAGCUUUGUUGAAGCAGCUUUUGGAUGAUGUCAAGUUUGGCAAGUGGAAGGCCAUGAAUAAAGGGAGGGGGCCGAGCUUUCGAGGACUUUAG